AUGAGAUGCAACUUGCCUCCGCACAGAGAGCCUCUGGCCUUUAGAUCCUACGACGAAUAUGAGGUCCAUUACAACAAGUCCCAUACUAAUAGGUGUCUUGAAUGCCACAAGAACUUCCCAAGCGAACAUCUGCUCAACGUCCACAUUGAAGAAUACCACGACCCUUUAGUCAUUGUGAAGCGGGAACAAGGCCAGCAUACUUACUCGUGCUUUGUCGAGGGAUGUGAGCGUAAGUGCAUGACACAUCAGAAGAGGCGUAUGCAUCUCAUCGACAAGCACAUGUAUCCAAAGAACUUCUUCUUCGCCGUCACCAGAGACGGUAUUGACGGUAGGCGGUCCCUGCUAAAUGAUGGCAGCCAUCAUCGCCGCCGAUCAUCGACCAACUCGCAGGCUAUCAAGAACUCUCGACGUCGCGCCAGUCUCAUGGAGGGCGAGAUUGUCUCAUCACAGCUGGAGGAAAAAUCAAAAGAGGCACCAAAGUCACCAGCGGUGAAGAACGAGGAAAACAAGCAGGAAAAGCACAAGCCGGCCGACACAGAAAUGGCAGAUCUUACAGGUGCCAUGUCGUCACUAUCAUUUGUCCCGCCGAGUGUCCGGUUUGGACGUGGAAGAGCUGGCUUUUCCAAAAGAUGA